AUAGCUUGUGUAUAUAAACCCAUGUACUCCCACAUUAUUGUUCAAGAAAAAUCACAAUUCCUCAUGGUAUCAAAGCCAUAAUUUUCUCCAACCAAAAACCCUAACCCUAUCACCUCUCUCUCUCUCGGCGUGCUCUCCUCCAGCGCUGCACAGCUGCCGCCUCUCUCCUCUCGGCGGACAGUCCCCGGCGCAGCACAGCCCCCCCUCCCGACGUCGGCACCCUCCUCCCCUAUCAAUAUGUCUUCCUCCGACAAAAAUACAGAAAACUCAACCUCUUCCUCCUCCUCCAAUGCCCCUCAUCUUGCCUUCACAACAAUCUCCAACGUCAAGCUUCAUGUCCCGAUUCAGCUCAGUUUCUCUCAGCCCAACUACAAAGAGUGGAGCCGGCUCUUUCUUCUCCUGGUGCGCCGGUUUACUCUCCACGGCUUUCUCUCGGGCUCUACAUCUCCCUCCUCUGCCGAUGACGAUGAAUGGUUCCAGCUUGACGCCCUGGUCCAAGGAUGGAUUCUCUCUACUAUCUCUGACGAAGUCUCAAAUCUGGUUAUCUCCACCACCUCCACCGCUGAUGAACUCUGGCGGGUCAUUCAUGCACUUUUCCAUGACAACAAACACGCUCGAGCGAUGCAACUCGAGCACCAGUUUCGAACCACCGUCAAGGGUACGAUGACCAUGGCUACGUACUGUCAAACCCUGCGGAACAUUUCCGAUUGGUUGGAUGACGUUGAUGCCCCGGUCUCUGAAUCUCAACUUGUGAUUCAAAUGCUUCGUGGGCUACCCGAAGAUCUCCAGGCUCAGACGUCGUUCUUACAAAUCCAACAACCGCUGCCCACGUUCCUUCAGACCCGAUCCGCUCUCCGCUCCUAGAUCGACAACGGCAAACCAUCACAGACGACGCCGGGACGGCCCUCCUGGCCGGCCGAACCGGUGGCCCACCUUACGGCACCAGCGGCGGCGGCUUCGGGCGUGGCAGUGGCUCGCCUGGCAGCGGGCAUAGCGGCGGCAGUGGUGGCCGCGGGCAGCAGGGGCGCAACUACGGUCGUGGUGGAGGCGGCCGUGGACAUGGAAGAAACUCUGGCUCGCAAC